AUGGCAUCCUCGAAAACUUUACUUCUUCUUGGGCUUAUGUUCGCUGUUGUCAUCCUCAUCUUCUCUGAGGUCUCAGCUCGUGAGCUAGCUGGAACUACUACUCCACCUAGUCGAGGCGCAGUGUCAUGUAACCGUCCAGGCGCACUGUGCCAUGGCCGUGGAGAAAAAGGCAAUAACCCUAAACCUGGAGGAGAGCAUUGUAAAAAUAAUCCAAGUGUCAGAGAGUGCUAUAAGCAUGGAGGUCAUGAACGUGGAGGAGAGGAAGACCCUAUCCACAAAAGGCAUGGUCAUGAACAUGGAGGAGAGCAUGACCCCAACCAUAACGGCCAUGGUCAUGAAAAGGGAGGAAAGCUUGACCCCAUCCAUGGAGGGAAAGGCCACGGUCACGAACGCGGAGGAGAGGGAGACCCUAACCAUGGAGCCCAUUGUAAACGUGGAGAAACCAAUAGAGCAUGCUACGGGCAUGGAGGUCAUGAACGUGGAGGAGAGGGAGACCCCUUUAACCAUGGCAGCAAAAACAGACCAGGACAACCAGGCACCGCUGAGACCGAAACAAAGAAUUAG